UGGGACGAAGGGGAAAAGGAAAGCCCCGCGCUUGUUGCCGUUGAGGGACGGAAUUUCCCCGAGCCACUGGCAGCGCCAAUCACGCGCAUCUGCGCUCACCAAGAAGAAAAACUCGAGGAAAGGGGUGAGAAGUCAAGAUGCUGCAAGUUUUGCGGAGGAAAAUUGGUCGCUAUGCGCCGCGUGGCGGCGUCAAGGAGACGCCAGAGGAGGAAGAAGAGCUGAUACCACUCAAAGACAACGCCACGUGUUUCGAGGCGGCUGUGUGGCAUUUUACUAGACAGGAUAGAGCUCUCAGGAGACUCGAGAAGCGCUUGACACAGAUGCUGGACCAGAUUCAGGUUGCGUGCGCUACAAUGGCUACAGUGGCGGAGAUCUUCUCCGAUACCUGCAGUGCUGAGGAGGAAAAUUGCGUCGGAGAAGAUUAUAGAUCAGCGAUGAAACAAAUCGAGUUGCAGGAAGCAGAGAGGAUGGAACAGUCAAUCCGCUUUACAGUGCUGGAUCCGCUACAAGCGAGACUGGAACGAUAUGAACAUUUGAGGGCGGAAAUCAAUGCUUGGGAUAAAUUAGCAGCGGAGUCGAAGAUGUUGCGUGAGGUGAUAAUGAAGAUGCAGUCGUCGAGUCUUGAGGACGACGAUAAACGGGCACACACGGAACAAAAUCUUCACCGAGUGGCGGCAGCUCUGCAGGAGGUGGAAGCUUUGCUGUUGCCUCAAUUGGAGCUCGCGAACGAAUCGGGAGCUGCUAAUUUUAUGGAUUUAUUCAGCACUACGCGCCUGCAAACCGCAAUUUUCUUUCGGAAUGCCAACGAAACGGUGUUAUCGAGUCUUUUGUCUUCCGAGAAGGAGAUCUUGGCUGAAGCCAACCAGCCGCUGAAAAUCCCGGCAACUGUAAAUAACACGCCAUGCUGUGUAUCCUUAUCGGUCAGUUCAAAGCUGACAAAGAUGUCAAGCUCAACGUCCGACGCGUGGACUGAAGUGGAUGGAUCGAAUUCGUCGACUGCCCCGGAUGGAGUCGAAACGGUAUCGGGAAGUGACGAGGACGACGAAAGUACUGGUUUAUCGAUCACUUUUGAAGACUUUGAAGCUGGAAAAAUAGUGCCACAUCUACACAAGUGUGAAGACGGUGUUGCCAUGGAGCAAAUAACAGCAAAGCCAUCCAAGCUAGUAACACUGACAACGUACUCAGUGGGUAGUGAAGACAAACAGGCUGGUGGAUCCCAGUCGAGUCGCAUUCGUCGCUCGACGUCCCCAUCGCCACGUACAGCGAGUUUUAAACCGAUCACUCCACGAAGAACAGUCAGCAUGCUGUCGUCAAUCCGCAAGACUAUUCAAGGCAAACUCAGCUACGCGACUGGAGAGACGCGAAUCAUCCGACAGAGUUCAGCUCCAACGUCAAGCACCAACUCGCUGUCAACGAGUGGUGAGCAACUUCUUCUCCCACAGUCUGCUACUGAAUGGCUGGCCAUUGAGGACUGUUUGUGGGAAAUUGACGUGAGAGAGGCCAAGUCUCCUGGGAAAUCGCUGCUUCCAGCCCAGUCCGUCACCUCCACAGAUGACCUCUUGUACGGAUUACUACAAAAGAAUGAUACGCUGUACUUCGAGUGCCUAUCAUAUCUACGCGUUGAAGACCUUGCGCGGUUGUCAAAGGUCAACUUUCGUCUCCACUCUCACUUGGUUGACAGUGCUCCAAUAUGGAAGAAGUGUAUUCGCUCUGGUGGUUUGUCUCCUGCAAUUCGCAGUUCGCUUUGGCUCUCGGUUUUCUAUGAAUCUACACCUUGGCGAUCAAGCGCGAUUGCGUCGCACUAUCUCUCCGCCGACAGACGCUGCAACAUGUAUGCUCAACUUCUGACGAAAGUGGAGACGAAAUUGGUGGAUGGGAUAGCUGACGGACUGCCGGUGAGCGACGAUGACGCUCAGCUUGCAGUUUGGUUCCGGGAAAUCGACGUCGAUGUCGUGCGGACUUGUCACCGGAGUAUUCACGCCAGAAAAUCCAUGGUAAAUACGCGCGUAGAACUAGCAACUUCAGAUGGUCAGGACGCCAUUGAAGACUCUGUUACAUCCAUCUUGAACGAGAUAAUGGACUCAAUUCUGCGUCGUGUGCUUCGUGCGUACGUUGUGUAUAAUCCGCGCGUGGGUUACUGCCAAGGAAUGGGUUUUCUGGUGCGGUUACUGGCUGAAGUAGCCGAAGACGAAGCCGAUAUUUUCUGGUUAUUCGUGGGGUUCUCGGAACCAGAAAACGAUCGCAAUCUGUACGAGCCUGGCAUGGCAGUGCUUCAGCCGUAUCUGUCCAAGUUUGAAGAGCUCUUCUCGACGCAUAUGCCAGAGCUACACAUGCACUUCCAGAAGGAGGGGGUGCACGUUGCUACCUUCUGCACACGCUGGUUCUUGACGUUCUUUUCAUCAUUUGAGACGUUGGCGCCGACACUCGUGACUCGUCUAUUGGACAUUUUCAUCAUUGACGGCUGGCGGAUCAUGUUCAGCGUCUCGCUUGUCAUUCUGGAUGAACUCCAACAACAGCUCUUGAAGGCUGAUAUGGAGGGAAUUCUACGUGUCCUGCAGUUCCCACGUUGCUAUAUGCCAGAACCUGACCACAGUCGCCAACAACAACUUGUCCGACAUGCAUUAGCGUUUAGUAUUUCUCGAGCUAUUAACUCAAUUUGAACCAAGUUAUGAUUUUAUCUCC